AGAGUCGUUUGUUGGUUUGCCUUCCGCAGCUCGACUUCCUUCUCUGACCUUAGCUUUGUUCAAAUGGCGUCUGAGCCGAUCCGGCGCGAGCAGUUGCGCGAGGGAUGAAGGAUCGGAGCAGAAGAUGGCCGAAAUCGACGACCGGAGGACGCCGCCCGAAGCUCGCACGAGCUCAAUCGGUCGUUGCAUCGCGUCCUGCGUCUCCGUCUUCCUCACUCAGUUCGCCCUCGCUCUGAUCCCUCGCUUCUUCUACGCCUCUCCACUCCUCAUUCAGCUCGCCCUCUCAGCUCUGGUGCUCGUGGCGGUCGUGGGAGUGGCAGGGAGGUGCAGGCGAGCUCUCGGAGUCUACGCAUCAGCCCCUGCCUUCGUUGUCCUAAGUAUCGUGUACAUUUGGGUCGUCUACGUGACCGUCGUCAGAGAAGCGGUUCCACUGUUGAUGGAUGUUUUGUUCCAUGGAGAAGUUGCCAUGCUUAUAAUUGGUCUUUGCAGUAUUUUUAAAAGAGAUCCCGGUCGUGUAACCCUUGGACCUUCCUCGUCAAGCGAACUUUGUGAUGCUUCUGUCUCUGAAGUCAGUGAGACUAGCUCUUUGAUGGGAAGAGUCAGAUAUUGUAGAAGUUGCGAGGCAUAUAUCAAAGGGUUCGACCACCAUUGCCCUGCAUUUGGAAAUUGUAUAGGUAAUGGUCAGAAUAACUAUUUCCUUUUCAUGGCUCUUUUGGCUGGAUUUCUUAUCACCGAGUCUUCUUUUGUGGCCUGCUCAUCUAAGUUUGCUUCUAAAUCUUCAAUUCUUUACCAAACUAGAUUGGAGAGUAAUAUGGCUGGAGACUUGGUCAUUGGUGGAUUGCUGUUUUCUCUGCUCCAAUUGCUAUGGCAGGGUAUAUUUUUCAUGUGGCACAUAUACUGCAUAUGUUUCAACAUUAGAACUGAUGAGUGGAUAAACUGGCAGAAGUAUCCAGAGUUUCAACACCAAGUUAAAUCAGAACAAGGACAAAGUUCUACUAAUUUGACGUUCUGGAACCCAUAUGACAAGGGCAUCCUGAGGAACAUUAGAGAGUUCCUAUCAUAAAAAGAACCAACCUAUGCUUCCCCCGAUGCUGGAAGCACAGCAACGUAAGUGAUCUGAAUUCGUUGCUAUUUCUGUGAUUCUGAUACAUAAGGAGCUGCGCCUGCUUAUUACGAUGCCAUCACUGUGACCGAUAGUGAAGGAUAUAUAUUCGAGGUUCACCUUCUGAUCUCUCAGAUCAUGUAAGCAUAGAGUGAAAGUAUAUUUGCACUCUUCUAGAGUUUUGGUGGUGUCUUAUCUAUUUAUCAGAGUUUUGAAGUAAGAAGGAAGAGCUGAUGUGGAGAUUUUUUUCCUCUUUUAUUUAGAGUCUGACCCAUCUAAAUAUGAACUUAAGAAUAGCAAGCUGUAGCAAGCUGAAGGCAAGAAAAGAAAUUUCCAACAAUCCUCCGAAAAUAUAGAACCUCCUUUUUCCAA